AUUCGUGGAAGAGCUUUAUCAGUGGCAGUCUCCCCCUGUCGUCAUAACAGCAUAGUACGGCUCUGACACUACCUCCACUCAAUACCGAGAGAGAGGGGCACAAUAAACAGAAGACAUCUGUGUCUGACAUCGAGGCAGCGAAGACCGUAAUUUAAACCGCGCGUCUUCGCUCCCCAACUAGAAACCCUCCUCACCCCAUGAACGGUGCCGGCGACACGGGGUUUAACGUCCUCUAAAGACGGUGACAGGGCGAGGAGGGAACGUUGCCUUCCGGGGGAUUCAGCGAAGCAGCAGCUGAAGCAGGGUUGAUUUGGUUUUGACCACUGGAGGACCCACCACUAACUAGCUGGAUCUGAGGGACACCAGACAGAACAGAGACCACACACCUCCGACUACCUAACAUCAGAACCAAGAAGUCCACCAUCAGCAAACAACAGCAACAGCGCCAUGCAUACCUCCAUCGUCUUCCUCCUCCCCUUCUUCCUCCUCUCUCUCCUCGCCUCCUCUUCUUCUUCCCAGAGUGACUCUCCGGAACUCGUUGUCGCCACGCGGGCAGGACGUGUCCGCGGCUUCCGCCUACCGACGCCGGACCGGAGUCACGUGACCGCUUUCCUCGGAAUCCCAUUCGCGGAGCCCCCACUGGGCAAGAAGCGCUUCAGAAAGGCGGAGCCCAAGAAGCCAUGGUCGGACUUGUUCGAAGCUAGCUCCUACCCCAACGCCUGCUACCAGUUCGUUGACACCUCUUUCCCCGGGUUCCAGGGAAGCGAGAUGUGGAACCCCAACAGGGAGAUGAGCGAGGACUGCCUCUACCUCAAUAUCUGGGUCCCCACCUCCGCCAGACCUCACAACCUCACCGUGAUGGUAUGGAUCUACGGAGGAGGGUUCUACAGCGGAUCAUCGUCCCUGGACGUGUACGACGGGCGCUACUUGGCUAACUCGGAGAAGGUGGUGGUGGUUUCCAUGAACUACCGCAUCGGGGCCUUUGGGUUCCUGGCUCUCCACGGCUCCUCAGAGGCCCCUGGGAACGUGGGGCUCUUAGACCAACGCAUGGCCCUCCAGUGGGUCCAGGAUAACAUACACUUCUUCGGGGGCAACCCCAAACAGGUGACCAUCUUUGGGGAGAGUGCCGGAGCAGUCUCUGUUGGGAUGCACCUCCUGUCUCCCGACAGUCGACCCACCUUCACCCGAGCCAUCCUCCAGAGUGGAGCCCCCAACUGCCCCUGGGCCACUGUUACGCCAGCUGAAGCCCACCGUAGGGCCGUCAUGUUGGGGAAGCUCGUUGGGUGCCCCUCGGGGGGUAACGAUACGGAGCUGGUGGACUGUCUUCGCAACAAGCCCCCGCAGGAGCUCAUUGACCAGGAGUGGCAGGUCAUGCCGUGGUCUGCCAUCUUCCGUUUCUCCUUUGUGCCCGUCAUCGACGGCGUGGUCCUUCCAGACAACCCCGAGGCCAUGCUCAGCUCAGGCAACUUCAAGGACACCCAAAUCCUGCUGGGGGUCAACCAGGAUGAGGGGUCCUUCUUCCUCCUCUAUGGAGCCCCUGGCUUCAGCAAGGACAAUGAGUCACUGAUCUCGCGCGAGGACUUCCUGGAAAGCGUGAAACUGAGCGUUCCGCAUGCCAAUGAGAUCGGCCAGGAGGCUGUGGUUCUGCAGUAUACUGACUGGUUCGAUGAGAACAACGGGGUAAAGAACCGUGAUGCCCUGGACGAUGUGGUCGGAGACCAUAAUGUCAUCUGCCCCCUGCAGCACUUCGCCAGGAGCUAUGCCCAGUUUCACUCUAACCAGGGUGCCAACAAUGGGCAACCAGCGGGCAACGCAGGGGCCACGGCGAAGGAUGGGAACUCACAAGGUGGAGUGUACCUGUACCUGUUUGACCACCGUGCGUCUAACCUGGCGUGGCCUGAGUGGAUGGGUGUUAUCCAUGGUUACGAGAUAGAGUUUGUGUUCGGCAUGCCGCUUGAGAAGAGACUGAACUACACAGCCGAGGAGGAGAAACUGAGCCGACGCAUGAUGAGAUACUGGGCCAACUUCGCACGCACCGGUAACCCCAAUAUCAACUUUGAUGGCAGUGUGGAUAGCAGGCGGAGGUGGCCCCAGUUCACCAACAGUGAACAAAAACACGUGGGUCUGAACACGGAAUCCAUGAAGAUCCACAAGGGCCUGCGGAAUCAGCUGUGUGCAUUCUGGAACCGCUUCCUGCCACGCCUCCUCAACAUCACCGAUAACAUAGAUGAGGCGGAGCGUCAGUGGAAGGUGGAGUUCCAUCGCUGGUCCUCCUACAUGAUGCACUGGAAGAGCCAGUUCGACCAUUACAGCAAGCAGGAGCGCUGCACUGACCUCUGAGGAGAGAGAGAAAGAGAUGAUGAAGACCUAGUCCUUCCAUAGUUUCCUACAUUUCUUCAUGUGAUAUGAUUUGUUAAGGCUUUGCAGUUUAACUCAACGAAGGCCAAACAGUGGAUUCCUUUCCCCCACAAAAUCACAUUUAAUGUGUCACAAAUCAUACUUUCUGUGUGUUUUUUGUUUUUCCAUUGCAGAUGUUUGGCUGCCUAAAACACGUCCAUAAGCUGACAAUUUAUCAGCGUCAAAUUUAUUAUGGAAGGAGGUGGUCAUUGAUGAAGGCUGUGAAACGGUGAACAUUUCAAAGGUGUGUCAUUACAGUACCUCUGAAGACUGUGUGUAUGUGUGUGUGCGUGUAUGCAUGCAUCCGUGGGCAUGUGUGUGUGUGUGUGUGUGUGUGCGCGGAAGUGUGGUACGACUGAACCUCUGUGUUCUACAUCACUCUUUUUUUUUUUUUUUUUUACUUCACUUUCUUAUUUUCCAGUUGAUACAAAUCUCGCUAUCUGCUUAUUUUUAAUGAUCUUUAUUUAAAACAGCUAUUAUGACCACUGUUCCACUGUCUGACCAUGUAUCCGUUCACUUGGCGUUCGUCUAUCUCUUAUAUCUGCCCCCCCCCCCCCCCGUUCUUCUAUCCUUCUUUCUUUCUCUCUGACUGUAUUAGUUAGGUGAUCUGUUGUUGUAUCUGUGUCGUGUCUUCUCCCGUGUCUCAAAUGACACCCUAUUCCCUAUAUGGUGCACUACUAAGCUCUGGUUGAAAGUAGUGCACUCCAUGUGGAAAAGAGGUGGGAUUCAGAAAUACUGUCUGUGUCUGUGUAGCGUCUUCUUUUGCAUCUCAAAUGUACACCCUAUUCCCUACAUAAUGCACGACUAAACUCUGGUCGAAAGUAGUACAUGGAAUAGGGUGUGAUUUGGGAUGUAGUCUGGGUGGGUCCAAACCUAAAACCUCUGAUCAAUUAUUAUAGGAAUCUGGAGCCAUGUAAAUCGCUGUGUGCUGGGUUAGAAAAUAACUACACUGAAAAAACACACAGCUAAGACUGUGUGUGUGUGUGUGUGUGUGUGUGUGUGUGUGUGUGUGUGUGUGUGUGUGUGUGUGUGUGUGUGUGUGUGUGUGUGUGUGUGUGUGUGUGUGUGUGUGUGUGUGUGUGUGUGUGUGUGUGUGUUUGUGUGUGUUACACUAGAUGGAUAUAAACAGACAAGUGCAUACAAAGUUCAUACACACACACUAUCACUCUCUCACACACCAAAACACACACACACACAGAGUGGAUUGAAAAGCGUGCACGGAGGACCAGUACUCACAAGUUCAGCGUUCAACAAGAUAGACAUGUAGUCAUGUUAUAUGUCACACGUCUAUCUUGUUCAUCGCUGAACUUCAUCGCUGAACUCCGUGCACGUUUCUCAAUCCACUCUGUGUGUUUCGGUGUGUGUGUGUGUGUGUUUCGGUGUGCGCGAGAGCGAUAGUGUUUGUAUGCACUUGUCGGUAUAUAUCCACAUACCUCUGUCAAUCACCUAUAUGUAGCCGAGCACUUGUGAAUGUCAGUCACACCCACUGUUGUUUGUUCUAGCGUCAGAAUGCAGUAAAGUAUUAUAUUUUGUGGGCGUGAGGGUGUGUGUGUGUGCAUACUACUAAUAUUGUCUCCGUGCCAACGGGUCGAUGUGUCUCGCUCCCCUCCAUCUCUCUCUUUUGUCCUAUCCAUCUCUCUCCCGUCUCAACCCCCCCCCCUCUCUCCAUCUCUCUCUCCUCCAUCUCUCUCUCCUCCAUCUCUCCAUGUCCCCAGAGGACGAACGGUUCUCGUUAGUCUAAUGGAGACUGAAGUAAUUCACUCAGUGUGUGCCUGUUGGUGUGUGUGUGUGUGUGUGUGUGUGUGUGUGUGUGUGUGUGUGUGUGUGUGUGUGUGUGUGUGUGUGUGUGUGUGUGUGUGUGUGUGUGUGUGUGUGUGUUUGUGUGUGUUACACUAGAUGGAUAUAAACAGACAAGUGCAUACAAAGUUCAUACACACACACUAUCACUCUCUCACACACCAAAACACACACACACACAGAGUGGAUUGAAAAGCGUGCACGGAGGACCAGUACUCACAAGUUCAGCGUUCAACAAGAUAGACAUGUAGUCAUGUUAUAUGUCACACGUCUAUCUUGUUCAUCGCUGAACUUCAUCGCUGAACUCCGUGCACGUUUCUCAAUCCACUCUGUGUGUUUCGGUGUGUGUGUGUGUGUGUUUCGGUGUGCGCGAGAGCGAUAGUGUUUGUAUGCACUUGUCGGUAUAUAUCCACAUACCUCUGUCAAUCACCUAUAUGUAGCCGAGCACUUGUGAAUGUCAGUCACACCCACUGUUGUUUGUUCUAGCGUCAGAAUGCAGUAAAGUAUUAUAUUUUGUGGGCGUGAGGGUGUGUGUGUGUGUGUGCAUACUACUAAUAUUGUCUCCGUGCCAAUCGGUCGAUGUGUCUCGCUCCCCUCCAUCUCUCUCUUUUGUCCUAUCCAUCUCUCUCCCGUCUCAACCCCCCCCCCCUCUCUCCAUCUCUCUCUCCUCCAUCUCUCUCUCCUCCAUCUCUCCAUGUCCCCAGAGGACGAACGGUUCUCGUUAGUCUAAUGGAGACUGAAGUAAUUCACUCAGUGUGUGCCUGUUGGUGUGUGGUGUGUGUGUGUGUGUGUGUGUGUGUGUGUGUGUGUGUGUGUGUGUGUGUGUGUGUGUGUGUGUGUGUGUGUGUGUGUGUGUGUGUGUGUGUGUGUGUGUGUGUGUGUGUGUGUGUGUGUGUGUGAGUGUGUGUGUGUGUGUGUGUGUGUGUGUGUGUGUGUGUGUGUGUGUGUGUAAUUCAGUGCUCCAGUGAAACGACAGGAUGCUGCGUCAGCCAUUCGCUGGCUAUGAGACAGACAGGCCCUGGGCUGGGCUGUACUGCACUGCUGCAGUGGCUGGGGCUGAUGGAGAGAGAGGGAGGAGGGUGAGAGAGGGGCGAGAGUUGGAGAGCAUGGGUAGGAGAGAUGAGAGAUGGAGGGGAAUGAGAGAUGGAGCAAGGGUGAGUGGGAAAUGGAGAGAGAGAGGGUAAAGAUAAAAAGAGAGGGGAAGAUGGAGGGGAAAAGAAAACAGGGUUACGUACUCCACUCUUGUCUAUACUAAGGUUAUUUAUCAUUAAUGUGACAUAUACGUACUAUAUGUGUGGGUUUUUGUUACUCUUUUUCAGUAUUUUAUUUUGCAGUUGCAUUCUUCAGGUUUAAACCAGCUACAGAUGUCAGAGUGUAAGAGACUGACUGUACGGAGUGUUUAACGAUCACUUCCGUAUCUGUUGAGAUUGUUCUGAGUUUGGCUGCUCUCGCCGGGACUUUGACAUGAUAAAUCCGUCCGUCUGUCUGUCUUUGUGUGUUCUCCGUAUGUGUGUCUAAUUGUCUGUCACUGUGAGUCUACCUUUUGUUUGUUUGUUUGUCCAUCUGUGUCCUGUCUCUCUGCUUGUGUUUGUCUACUUGUCAUCCGCCCGUCUCCAUACAGUUUUUGCAUGAUGUCAUACUUUUGUGAUGUCAUAUGUGUAAUGUCAUAUUUAUUUGAACUUGCGUUUGUUGACAUUGUGGAAGGGAUCAGGAUCAGCCUUGUGAUUGGUCAGUGGGUCUUUCAUCGAAUCAUUAUGAGUGGUGUAUUCACCGGCAUGUACAACUCCUAUUUAACGACUGGAGUAGAGUAGUCUAGCUUUAAAAAAAUACAUAUAUAAAAUAAAAAAAGUCAAAGACUAUCUGUAAUUAUUUAGAUACUGGCUGAGUCCCAAAUGGCACCCUAUUCCCUACAUAGUGCGUUACUUUUGAUCAGGGCCCAAAGGGCUCUGGUCAAAAGUUGUGCACUAUAUAGGGAAUGGGUUGCCAUUUGGGACGCAUCCACUUUGUUUGACUGAACAGAAUGCAUGUGUGUAUGUAUGGACUGGCUGCGUGAGUGUUCCGAUGAUGGCUGAGUGACAGCUGCUCAAGCACCUCUUUUCCAAUAAGAGGGCCUGCUUACCCUUGCUCCCCCAAUGAUAUCCCUUCAUGCAUGUCCAGAGCAACAACCCUCCCCCCCUCUCUGUAACCUACUCCAAAUUUAUGAGUUAUUUUCCGUAACAAUAUAAUACCCCUGAUGUCCUGAUAUGUAUUUGGAUUAUUAUUACAAUUAUUAUAGCUUUGAAAUUACAGUUGAUGUUAGCAAUAAUAUAACACAUUGAUAACUAAAUAUAUGACAUUUAUUGUAUGAUGAUGAUGAUUAUGACGAUGAUGAUGAAGAUUGACAAAGCAAUAUAAUAUAUAUAUAUAUAGAGUGCCAUAUUUUUAUUUGAAUUGUUAUAUUAUUUUUCCUUUUUCCUUUUUCAAUCCAACAGUAUUACUACAGUACUACUACAGUAUACUAGUCUAAACAGUAUAUCGAGUAUAUACAGUAUUAUGGGUAUAUACAGCAUAGUAUCUACUGUAUAUAGUAUAUAUAUAGUAUAUACAGUUUAUACUAGUAACACUACUGUACUAUUACAGUACUACUACUUCUGCAUCAUUUGUUACAGUCGCUAGUACUUUAAAUAAUACAUUAGAAUGGCUUUUGUAGAAGUAUGUAUUCAUGAAUGCCAGCUUGUUGUUUGUCAAAUUGCAACAAAAUAAAGACACCUUGCUUGCUUACCUCUAA